GUUUUUGUUCCAGUUCAGCUGUUAAAUGUAAUGUGUCAUGUAGAAGUUGAGAAAAUAGAUAAAUGCAUGUCUUCUUGAAUCAUUUCAACUGGAUGAUGAAAUCAUUGAUACGGACAUAUGGUCUAUUGUAGCUGUUUUUUUUAGCAACUAUUGCACCUGUCUCUGGGCAGUUGAUUGUUUUCCAGCCAACAUCGUAUGUGUCAUCUCUAUCCACUAUUAGAGGAAAAAAAAUACUUAGUAGACUAUAUAGUGCAGUCAAACAGCUCUUGGUCACCAAGGAAGUAAGAAGUACACUUCAGUGCCACAGUAAAACCUUAGAUGACCGCUCAGUUUGGCACCACUAUAUAUGCUGGCUUCUCCGCUCCUCACUAUCGUUUACCAGAACCAUCCAGAUUCCCACCAAAAAAAUACAUCCAGAUUCCAAAGCAGUACGAACAUCUGAGCUCUGGUCACAAGAAAAGAUGGUUAGAUCGAUAAAUUUGGAUAAAAAGAAGAUAUUACUGAGGUAUCUUAUGCUGAUCUUAAUUACUAAUAUAACAAGAUUAAGUAUUGGGAAUGGCUAUGGGUGGUAUAGGGAAUGGGUGUGAAACUGGCUCCACAUGUGCAGUAGAAUAUGCAUCCAUGUUGGAUCUCUUGCCACUGCCUGGAAGACUGACGCUGCCACCGCCGCCACGUGUCUGGCGCAUGUCAGUGGGACCUCCACUGGGCUAUUGAUGGUGGGAUCGGGCGCGUUUCUGGUCUACGUGCCAUAGGGGUGCCACGUGGCGGCUCAACCACCUCGUCCACUGCACACACCGAUUAUUUGGCAUGAGGGCACAUCAUUUCGGAGAUCUGCUGAGGGUCGGAAGUAAUUUCUGCAAUACAUGUUAUUUGACAUGUGGAUGCGGCAUUUCCAAGGUCCGCUGAGGGCCAGAAAUUACUCUCGCAAUGCUUCUUGCUCACACAACCACUUCAUCCACGAAGGCAUGAACAAGGUAGCAAUCUAAGCAUCACACCUUCCUGAGAAAAAGAGCAUUUUAGGAAGAACACCACAGAACCAUGAUUCAUCCAAAGAAGCUGGCUCAACUGGCUAAGAAGUUGCAGAGGCUGGUGGCAGCUGGUGGCCAGGAGACUGCAGUCACUGACGGAGGCUGCAGCACCGCUUCCGUUGCAGACAGGGGCCAUUGUGUUGUGUACACCGCCGAUGGAUCACGGUUCGAGGUCCCAUUGGCUUACCUUGGCACAAUGGCCUUCAGAGAGCUCCUACGGGUGUCUCAAGAGGAGUUUGGCUUCAGCUGUGAUGGCAGGAUCACGUUGCCCUGUGAUGCCUCUGUGAUGGAGUAUGUGAUGUGUUUGAUUAGGAGAGAGGCCUCUGAAGAGGUCGAGAAGGCGUUCCUGAGCUCCAUAGUGAGGCCUUGCUACAAUGCGAGUUGUUUAGCGCCAUCAGCUGGAUUUUAUCAGCAAUUUUCUGUUUGUAGCUAGUGGUACAUGUUUUUGUUCAGUUAGAUGUCAAUUGUCAGGACAGCAGGAAAUGCAACAAAGAUACCUAUUUUCUCAUCUUAGCAGACCAGUGAACUUUCUGAAAAUGUCAUUUUCCUGUGAUUAUUCA